GGUUUCUACUUGGAACAACAUUCGCAACGAACCGAAUUGAAAAUAGCCAGCGUGUAAUUUUUUUUAAAGCCGAGUGGAGGGUUGAACGAUUUGCUUGUAACUGCUACCGGUUUUUAUAAAAUGUGAUCUUGGGCAAAACGUUUUAUUUUUUUACUGAAUUGCAUCAGCUUUACAAACUCUUCAGGCAUUAGUAUGAGUUAGCUAGUUAGCAACAGCCACAAGCUACCACAAGCUAUCUAGUUAGCGGAAAUAUAACGUUAGCUAGCAUGCUAACUUAGGUAUUCAAAAUGAAAUGAAUCGCUUGUAGUCUUAAAUUCUGUUAGGUAGCCAGUUAACGUUAGUAAGAUCGCUAACGUUAUGUCUUUUAUUUCAAGAUAACGUUAACAGCCUAAAAGUUUUUGUUGACAGAUAAGGACCGUAGAAGGAAUGGGUAGCUGAAUGUAAUAUAUCUUAAAACAAAUAACCUUAGAACAUGAAUAUUGAAAUGGAGGAGCCAUGAUGUAAAACUGCAGCAAAAACAACAUUUUAUUUUACGCACUAAAUAGAGCGUCGUCAAAAUCGUGUCGCUUAUUUUUAAAGAGCUGUUAUUUGGCUAGCGGGCUGAAGUUCACCGAAAGGCAGUUGGGAAGAUGAUGUAUUCUUCCAGAAGAAAACCAGUCCUGUAUUUUAAAGAGGAUAGAAGAUUUGAAAACCUAAAAGGUCACCGUCAAGGAAAUAGUUUAUUUCUAUCGUGGAAAUGCAGCAUACUGAAGCUCUUUGGCCUGUGCCUGGUGCUGGUCUUGGUGCCACUCCUGUGGCUGCAGCUCAGCUGCUCGGGGGACAUGAACGGUGGACAUACAGCAGAGGAUGGCCACCUGCCCCAUCAGCCCUGUUCGCUGGACAGACAGGCUCUCCUCGCCGACAGCCCCUCGUGGGGCCCGCACAAAAUGGCCGUCCUCAUCCCGUUCCGAGAGCGGUUUGAAGAGCUGCUGGUCUUCGUUCCUUAUAUGCACUCUUACCUAAACAAGAAGAAAAUCCGCCACAAAAUCUUUGUCAUUAAUCAAGUGGAUCAUUUUCGGUUCAACAGAGCUUCUCUCAUAAACGUGGGUUUUGGGGAGAGUGGGAAUGACACUGAUUACAUCGCUAUGCACGACGUGGACCUGCUGCCUCUCAAUGAAGCCCUGGACUAUGGGUUCCCAGACCAGGGGCCCUUUCAUAUAGCUUCCCCUGAGCUGCACCCUCUCUAUCACUAUAAGACCUACGUGGGAGGCAUUCUACUCCUUACAAAACAGCACUAUCAGAUGUGCAAUGGCAUGUCCAAUCGUUUCUGGGGUUGGGGAAGAGAGGAUGACGAAUUCUACAGGCGACUGAGAAAGGCAGGAUUAGAGCUUUUCAGGCCUGUUGGAAUAACUACAGGUUACAAAACCUUCCAACACAUCCAUGAUCCUGCCUGGAGGAAAAGAGACCAGAAAAGGAUAGCUGCACAGAAGCAGGAGCAGUUCAAGGUGGACCCCGAGGGCGGCUUGACAAACCUUGGCUACAAAGUGGAAUCACGGCAGGAGCUGACCAUCAGCGGUGCCCCCUGUACCAUCAUCAGUGUUAAACUCGAGUGCGACCAGAACCAGACUCCUUGGUGUCUGCUGAGUUAGUGCCUGUCACAUGGACCAGACAGACAGGAUAUGUGACGGGUGACGGGCAGAAGAGGGGUGGGUGGCCAAGACACUGGCUUCACCUUCUGGCUGUGCCAGGGUGCCUGCCAUCCCACAAAGCACAAAGCCCUAAGCCCUGUGGUGGAACAGAAAUACCUCUCAGUCACACGGACACACGCAUAAUGUACGGGAACAGGGAUAAGACAGAGUAUCGAUGGCCUCUGUGAUAUGUACGUCACUGACGAUUAACGAGUAUUUCCCCUUAUUUUAUCAUAGCUGCCUGAACCGCUGUCGGGGGGAGGGGGGGGGGGAGCAACGGACUAGAUUUCAACUGCUUUGCAGAAAAGGGUCACAAAACUGAGCCUCGUUUUAGAAACUUAAGUACAGGCGUACUUGCUGUCUGUUUUUUUUUUUCUAAAUUAUAUUGCAUUUGGGUGUUGACACAUUUAAAGUUAAUGCCGUGGUACAAUAAGGAAACAGAAUAAGGAAACAUACUGCGCAAAUUAAAGGAAUUAUAUCUGCGCAUCAAUCAGUAUUGGUUCCUUGUUGGGUCUGUAAAUCAUGUAUUGCAAAAUUGCUCUCCUUUAAGCACUGGAAACAAUAUCAUACCUUUACUUAAUGGGAUGAUUGAUGCUUGGAAAAGGGGGUCCUUGUCAUCAAAUAAUGCUGGACUUUCCUGAGGUUCCUAUACUGUUUCAUGUUGUGGCUGUUGAACGCUUUACUCUGUCUUUUUUGUGUGGCAUGACUGAAACAGAAGAACAACAGGCUAAUUUUUACACAAUCCAACCAGGAACCAGUUUCAAUGGCAAAAGAAUUAGAUGCAUCUCUUUAAGUAUUGUGUUCAUAGUGUGUAAACACAACCUGUGUUUAACCUGUUGAUUUUCUUAAGAGAAUGGUGAGUAAAGGGUACUAUAUGUGUGUUUGCACAGUAUUUAUAAAAAGCUCAGAUUCAGAGACCUGAAGUGUGGUCUUUUUGCGUUUUACUUAUUUUGUAUUAAAUGCAACUUUUCAAA